AUGAAUAACCAAGGAGUUACUUAUGCAGAACUCAGUCAAGUUAAGGGUUCAAAAAGACAGCAAGUGAAAACUAAGGGCACUAAAAGUCCCAUUUCGGAAACUGAGCAGGAAAUAACAUAUGCAGAAUUAACUCUUCAAGAUGCUUCACAUCUUCAAAAUGCUUCUCAGGAUCCUCAAAGGAACAGCAAGAACUCCCACUGCAAAGGGAAGCUCGUUGCUGGGAUCCUGGGGAUCAUUUGCCUUGUCUUAAUGUCCACUGUGGUCACAAUAGCUGUUAUUCUUGUUACUGAAGGACCGAAACAGAACAAAACAUCCCUGGAAACUAGGAUCCAGAAAGCAUAUUACUGUGGUCAUUGUCCAAAAGAGUGGAUGACAUAUUCCAACAAUUGCUAUUACAUUAGCACUGAAAGAAAAUCAUGGAGUGAGAGUUUGUCGGCCUGCGCUUCGAAGAAGUCUACCCUAUUCUCCAUAGAGGAUGAAGAAGAAUUGCAUUUGUUAGGCCUCUUAAUUUCUUCUUCAUGGCUUGGAGUCUCCCAGACAAGCAAUAAUAAUCCAUCUGUGCAGCUGAAACCCUCAACUUUCUCUUCCAAAACGUUGGCAGUAUCAUCAGAGAGUGACCGGGCUUGUCCAUAUUUCAAUUUUGGACUGGAGAAAGUUUUUUUUACAUCUUGUUUAGAAAUUAAAACAUACAUUUGUAAGCACCAGGCAUUUUAG